AUGGCAGCGGUUGCAUCUGCGUUCGCGGGGCGGGCCUCUUGCCCGCCCACUGCGAACCUCGUGGACACUUCGCCCUUCACGUUGCAGGCCUCUUUUUCUCCUGCGGCCGGGGGAGCGUCUCCGCCCUUUUUGCAGCACGUCGUUUGCAACAGCACCGCGUCGCGUCUGUGCGUCUCAAGUUCCUCCAAGUCUGUCUUGUUUUUUGACUCGUUCACGUUCCAGCAGACCUUGCAGCUGCCUCAGGCCCACGCCGCGCAAAUCACCAACCUCUCGUUCUUCUCCGCGUCGCCAGACCUGCUCGCCUCUUCGUCGCAGGACGGCACCGUGCGGCUGUGGGACUGUCGCGUCGCCUCUACUGCGCCCUCUGCGGGCUCGGCCUCCGCCGCCUGCGUGCGGACGAUUCGCCUUGCGCCCGCCGGCAGCACCGACGCGGAGGUAUGGACCGUGUCCCUGAACAGCGCCGACCGUCUCCUGGCGACCAACUUGAAGCAAGCUUUUUUCCUCUUUGACCUGCGCGCGACCGGACCCGCCGAGGCGACAGACACGGCGCCUGUUGUCGCCGCGCCCUCGCCGGCCGGCGGCUCGAAGAAGAAGCGCGGAAAAGGCAGACAGGAGGCGAACGUGCAGCACGCCCUCGCGCGCGUCGAAGCCCAUUCUGAUACCAUCACCUCGCUCAUCUUCCACCCGACAAUUGACCAUCUGCUCUUCUCUGGCGGCGAAGACCAACUCGUCUGCGUCUACGACCUCCGCCGCGGCAGCUGGCACUCCGCCACUGCUGGCGCUUCUCCGCCCGCGCCGCGCCGCGCAACGGGCCACGGGCCCGACGAGCCCAACGAGCCCGACGAGCCCGACGAAGAGGAGGACCGGCUGAUGGUGUCGUGCUUCUCGCACGAGCGGCCGGUGAAGAAGGUCUCGGUGCUGGGCCCGGAGGACGACUGUCUCUGCGUGACGAGUCCGAUGGAAGACAUCGCGCUGUGGCAGCUGAGGGGCCUUUCGGCGCAGUUCGCGGCGGGCGCCCGGGGGGGCGCAGGCGACAUGGAGGUCGACGAGGAGUACGCGCAGCGCUGGGAGAUCGCCAAGAAGGCGGACUGGACUCAGCUGCGCAAUCACCCGUCUCUCGUCGUCGAAGAAAGUAGUGGCGGUUGCAUCGUCGAGAGCUUCUACGAGCAAGCCUCGGGGCGACUCUUCCUCCUCGCAGGCAGCGUUCGCGGCGACUUGCUCCUCUUCCACGCGAACCUCGACGAGCUCCUCCCCGCUGCGCAAUUCGUCGUCCCCCAGGGCCACGCUGGCCAUAACGGCCUCGUCAGAGACGCGACGACGAUUCCCUCCUGUUCGUUCCCUUCUCCCCUCGCCUCUCCGUCCCCAUCUUCGUCGUGCCUCCUCGUCACCUGCGGCGAAGACGGGCGGCUGUGCGCGUGGAAGCAGGAGCCUGCGAGCGGCAACUCUCCCUUCGCGUGCGUGAGACAGAAGCAGCUAAACAUUCGAAAUCACCGCUGGCCGCAAGGCGACCGAUGCGGUGAGAAGCAAAAACUCGCCCAGGGCCGAUGCGCUCCUUACUAG